ACAAGAGCUGUUGUUUUUAAAGAAAUAAAACUUGUGCUGUUUUGACUUUGUCCAGAGUUUUGCGCAACUUACUUUUUUUUCUUUUCUUGCAAGUGUACAUUGAACUUCGAUAAAGAAAAAUGACCCUACCGAUCAACCAUCACCAGAGGUGACAAGGACAUCAGGUUCAAUUUAAACUAUACCAAAAAUAGAAAUAUUUCAGGAAUCGGAAUAGAUCAGGCAAUCUUGAGUAUAAAAACAGUGUUUCACCAGAGUGAACUUCACAGUGUUACAAACCUACAAUAGAAAGAGGCUUGGAGAAUGCUGCUCCCGAAUGCAAUGAUGAGUCUGUUACUCAUACUUUGCUGUACUUCACACUACGAUGCUGAACAAACCUGCCCUGAGGUGAAGCUGGUGGGUCUGAAUGACAAUGAGAGGCUGACUUUCCUCCAGGGGUGUCCAGGACUUCAUGGGGUGCCAGGGACCAAUGGCAUUCCAGGGGCCCCAGGCAGUAAAGGGGAUCAGGGUCCUGUGGGGGGUAAAGGAGUGAAAGGAGACCCUGGAGUACCAGGGAAGAUGGGUCCAGUUGGUGACAAAGGAGUAAAAGGCGACUCUGGACCCUUUGGAAAUCCAGGCCCAGCGGGAGCCAAAGGGGAAAAGGGAGAUUGUCUAUGCCCAAUUCAAACAGGUGCUAUGAACUGUAAGGAGCUGCUGGAGCAAGGGAACACAGUGAGUGGCUGGUACACUGUGUACACAGUCAGCAAGAAACCCAUCAGUGUGUUCUGUGACAUGCACACAGACGGAGGAGGCUGGCUUGUAUUUCAGAGACGCAUGGAUGGAUCAGUGGAUUUCUUUCAGGACUGGAAUUCAUACAAGAGAGGGUUUGGCUACAAGCAGACAGAGUUUUGGCUGGGAAAUGAGAACAUUCAUUUAUUAACAACAACAGGUUCUCAUGAAUUACGCAUUGAUUUUGAAGACUUUGAACAUGUAAAAACCUUUGCAAAAUAUGAGUCGUUUCAAAUUUUGGGGGAAUCUGAGAACUAUAAACUCCUCCUGGGUGGAUUUACAGGUGGUACUGCUGGUGACUCUCUAACGUAUCACAACAACAUGCCAUUUUCUACUAAGGAUCAUGACCUAACUGCACACCGUUGUCCUGAUAAUUAUAAAGGAGCCUGGUGGUAUGAUGACUGCCAUAAAUCCAAUCUGAACGGUCCUUAUAAAAAUGGACCCCAUGAAACCCAUGCAGAUGGAAUUAACUGGAAGUCUGGGAAAGGAUACAAUUAUUCUUACAAGUACACUGACAUGAAAAUCAGACUCAAAUAAAAAAAAAAAACAUAAGAAUAUAAGAUAAGAAAGUCAUUUCUCUCUGCUUGUUCGCUAUCUUGCUACUAGUGUGAUCCAGUAUCAGCACUCAGUCCUCACUUCAGACUAGAUAUUUUGCAUUGAAUUAUUGUAAUUAGUUGACAUUUGUACUGAUAUUCACUUUUUAUAUACGCUUUAGGGUCUGUCUGCCAUUAUCCAUUUAUUUAAAUAUCUUUUGUGGAAAAAAAAAAUAUUAUAUGAAGAUAUUUACAGAUAUUUUGAAGAAAUGUAAAGGUGUAGAAUAGCUUUAAAUAUGUUUUAACAUUUUCAAAUAUGUAACUGUGACAGUAAUUGAAGUCUAAUGAUGAUCCUGAAAUCUGUAGUUAACUCCUGUCCUUGUUCACCAUCAUCAGUGUCUAAUUCCAACAUGUCGCUCAAGCACGCUCCUCAUUACAAAACCUCAUCAACAACCAUGAGCUCAUCCCAGGCUUGUGUUUGUUUAAUUGCAAAUUUGAAUUGAAAUAUAUUUCUUUUAAC